AUAUCGUUACAUCACUAUCUAAGUGACACAAAAAACUAAAAAGCAAAAUGUCUGCCGUAGAAUGGAAAUGAUCUCUUUCUGAUAUCCGUGUUGUGUUUUGCUUUCUGUAAAUUAGUGUGAAGUUCUUCAAAAAUGGAUCAGUGAUGAGAAUUUAGAUGCAAACCGUCAAGCGGAAAGAUGAAUUAAGAAUUUAAUGUUUACAAAAUAAUGCAUGCCCAAUUUCAGUAAAAUAAUACCCUUGUAUCAAACCUUGCCUUCUUUCAUUUGAAUAAACAGCGAGAUUCCAUAAUAUGGAAGAUUCACUUCAAUAUUAUAGCUGUCCACUUUGUUGUAGCAAUACGUUUGAGUCCAAACAAUCGCUUUUGGAACAUUUGAUUCAUAUAUCAUUGAACAUUGUGUGUACAGUAUGUAAUCAAAGCUUUUCUUCAUUGGAACUGCUCACAGAGCAUCUUAAGAUUGACAACUGUGACGCUUUACAUCCUGAUGAAAAUGUAACUCUUGGAAAUGACCUGAGUAACAUGGUCAAAAUUGAACAUGAUAACUUGGUAAACUCAGAUUCCACACAGGACAAUGAUUGCAAUUCACAAAAAAAUAUUUCAAACAAGGAAACAUCAAAAUCCAAAAUAGACCAAGAGGCAGACGAUGGUAAGAUGUACGUAGAACUGUUAAGACAACAGUUAACCAAGCCUUGCCUGCAGACACAGGAAAUGAAACUGGUGAAGGAAGAUGGGCAAAGCCGUUAUGUGAUUCUCACUGACGAAGAGACCCUGUUGAAUCCAGACGAUGUUACUAUAGUCACUAAGCAAAAUAACGAUGGUACCAUAUCUUUGUCUACACUGAAUGAUACAGAGGAUGUUCCAAAUGGUGAUACAGAUAUGGAUGCUGAGACAGUUGUCAGCGAUGAUGACAGAGAGGACAAAACUGCAGAAGAGCUCUAUACUUGCAACACAUGUGGCGUAUCAUUCUCAUCCGUCUUAGAACACAUACAGAAUUAUCACACGGAUGAAGAUGUUGUUGUUCAUGACAAUGGCAACACGGACCUACCAUUACAAUCCGAAUCGACUGUGAGUGAAGACACGGCGGUCGACAAGCAAUCCUCGCGCAGAAUGAUAACAGAGGCUGGCAACAUUGUAGAGACACCAGUGUUGCAAGACCAGACAGUUCAAACUCAUAUGAAGGCUGUGGAUCAAAUAAAAAAUGAGCCAAAUGACAAACCGGGACGAAUGGUUAUUGGGCGGUUGCAGGUCAACUCAGCGCCUAAGGCUAAAUCUGAAAACAAAAACAACGUAUACCACAAGGUGGUGAUGAAGGAGAUGCAGACGACGGGCGGCAACAAGGUGAAGCUGUACAACUGCAUGACGUGCAACCUCUACGUCACCUCGCUCGCGGAGUUCAAACAGCAGCCGUGCAAAGUUUUGAAAUAUCAAUGCCCGCAUUGCACAGUGGCCUAUGAAAACUCAAAAUCAUUGUGUGCACAUAUGAAAGUACAUAAGCUAAGAAACACAGCUAACUCCACUAUAGUUCAAACAAAAUUCGAAUGUGAAAUUUGUAAUACACAGUUUCCUACCAGCAAGUCAUUAAAAUUACAUAAGAAGAUGCAUGACCCCAUCAAGUCCCGACCAAUAGAGCCUCCGUUAGAGACCGCAGAGGGCAUGCCGCCGAGCGACGACAAGUACCUGUGUGGAGUCUGUGACAAGCUCAUCCCCAUAGACUAUAGAAUCAUACACCAGAACUCGCACAAGGUCUCAAACAAGAUGAACUGCGAUAUAUGCAAUAAGAAGUUCCAUUCCAAAGAGUAUCUCGAUAUGCAUAUGAGUGUACAUAAAAUAGAUAAGGUACCAAUAGAAAAAACUGACAAAUUACUACCGUAUAACUGUUUGUAUUGUACCAGAAAGUUUGCGCGACCACACGAGAAAGUGAAACACGAAAGGAUACAUACAGGAGAAAAGCCGCACUCAUGUGAGAUCUGUGGAAAGUCGUUCCGCGUGUCGUACUGCCUCACGCUGCAUAUGCGCACGCACACCGGCGCGCGGCCCUACGCGUGUCCGCAUUGUAAUAAAAGGUUCAAAGCACACAGCGUGUACAAUCACCACUUGCUGACGCACUCGGAAGUGCGCGCGUACAAGUGCCCGUUCUGCCCCAAGGCGUUCAAGACGUCCGUACAACUCGCGGGCCACAAGAACUCGCACACAAAACCCUUCUCCUGCUCACAGUGUAACAGGCCUUUCGCAUCCCUAUAUGCGGUUCGGGUACAUAUGGAGAUACACACGCGGCAGAACAGCCUUAAGUUCUCGUGCACACUGUGCGGCGCGAGUUACGCGCGAGCGUUCGCGUUGAAGGACCACGUCAAACAGGUGCACAAACAGGAUAUUUCUACGGAAAAUAUGUCAUUACUUGAAACGAAGGACUGGCUGGUUCAAGAAAACACGGACGUAGACUCUGAUGCAAUGCCCCUUAACAAAGACCUGUCGCAAGAUAUUAAUGAGUUGGAUAUUAACGGCACUGAACUGAUCAUCCCGUAGAUAUAGACAUAGUUAUUAGUGAUAUCAUGGUUUAAGAAUAAAUAUUGAGAAAUGGGUCUAGUCUAGGCCAAACAGUUCCUUGAUUGGCCUAGGCUAGAGGCCAAGGCGAGCGUACGGCUAUGGGCCUUGAGGCUGAGCCUCUUUAUCUGGGUGAUCACUAGUGAGUACUACGCGUAAUCGUAUCGCGUAGUAACCUUCACAGUUUGAUACGUCAUUUGGGCGGAACGAUGUAUGUAUUUAAUUGUAGACGUGGAUCGAAUGCUCUCAAUACCUACUUGAACCAAACACUUACUUAUCGCUAUCCCACUUCGACUUAGAAAUUAGAGCGAGAGGUCAGACACCAGCAGCGAUCCAGCAGUCCGAUCUCUCGCUCUAAUUUCAUAGUCGAAGUGGGAUAGCGAUAAGUAGAUAUUUUGAAUGCUCUAUUCAAAGGUAGAUUCAUGGGCAGAACGAAGGUGAUAAAGGCAAAGAAUUAUACAAUUAUUGUUAUGAAAUCCUAAACAAUCAUGUUCACCUAUAUUACAUCGAAAGCGACCGCGGCGUUUCAGUAAGAUAGUUUCGGUAGGUUCGUAUUUUUUUAGAAAUCUGGUUUCUUAAAAACCGGCCAAGUGCGAGUCGGCCUUGCGCACCGAGGGUUCCGUACUCGGGUAUUUUUUUGACAUUUUGCACGAUAAAUCAAAAAC